CGUCAACCCAAAAAUGCUAUUCACUUUGCUGAUAUUACUCGUAAUCACGUUGCUCUUUUGGGAUUACCGAAUGAAGCAAGGAGAAGGAUAUCGUGCAGCAAGACAGUACCCCGGAGGCACGAUGCUUCCUUUGCUAGGUAAUCUCCUCGAAGUUUUGGGCAAAAAUCCUGUCAGAGCAUUCGCGUACGCUCGAUCGUGCGCUGCGAAAUACGGCCAAUCAUAUCGGCACUGGAUCUUCGGUGAUGUUAUUCUGAACAUCAUCAGGGCUAAGGAAGCUGAGUUGGUUCUCUCUAGCACGAAGCACACUAGCAAGAGCAUAAUCUAUCGGUUUCUAGCGCCGCUAAUGGGUGACGGACUGCUGUGCAGUACAGGUUCCAAGUGGAAAACUCGGAGACGAAUUUUGUCGCCGGCCUUUCACUUCAACAUAUUGAAUGAUUUUUUGCUGGUGUUCCAAGAAGAGGCAGAUAAACUGGUGGACACACUGGAAACGUACGCCGAUGCGAAACGUGAAGUUGUGCUGCAGUCGAUCAUUACCAGAUUUACACUAAACACCAUUUGUGAAACUCUAAUGGGUGUGAAGCUGGACUCCUACAAAGACGCAGACCGAUAUCGAUCGAAAGUUUACGAGGUUGGAGAAAUGUUGGUUCACCGAACGAUGACGCCAUGGUUGUACGGUGAUCGCACUUACCACCUGAUGGGUUAUCUGAAACUUCUAGAACGUGCCAUUGAACCGAUCCAUAAGUUUACAAAAAAUAUAAUAAGACAAAAGCGAGAAGUGCUCAUUGGGAAGCCUUCGCAUGAUAAUGAUCAACCGGAAAGCAUGUAUUUCGGAACGAAGCAGCGUUAUGCCAUGCUGAAUACCCUUCUUAUGGCUGAAGCUAAUUAUGAAAUCGAUGAAACCGGCAUACAAGAGGAAGUCGAUACGUUUAUGUUCGAAGGUCACGAUACUACGGCAGCCGGAAUGAUCUUUGCCCUUCUCUUGCUGGCUAACGAGCAAGAAGCUCAACAGCGAAUCUAUGACGAACUCUGCUUAGCACAGUCUACAAAAGCGAACAACGAAGCCUUCACAGUUAUUAAUUACAAUGAUCUAAAAUAUCUCGACCGCUUCAUCAAAGAAUCACUUCGAUUAUACCCGCCUGUGGCGUUCAUCUCCCGUAGUCUAUCCGGCAGACUAGCAAUUGACUCCACCACAUUCCCGCACGGCACAAUGACGAACAUUCACAUCUUCGAUCUGCACCGUGACCCGGUAGAAUUCCCCGACCCAGAAAAAUUCGACCCCGAUCGGUUCCUUCCGGAGGUGGCCGCCAAACGCAACCCGUACGCGUACGUACCUUUCAGUGCUGGUGCAAGGAAUUGCAUUGGGCAAAAAUAUGCACUUCUGGAGAUGAAAACAAUUAUCUGUGCGCUGCUGGGGCGGUACCGAAUUCUUCCGAUAACCACACGCGAUGAAAUUAUCUUUAUGGCAGACCUGGUGUUACGAGCAAAGUCUCCGAUCAAAGUACUAUUCGUCAGGCGUACGGAUAACACGGAGGGGAGCAUCAGGAAAGAUUACUCGAAAAGCAGAAUCGUUUUUACACUUGCCGAGAGUGCUCGUAUUUUUGAAACGUGCAGAAUGGAUUUUUGGACAACUAUUGCCGUCUUUUUUGGAACACUAUUAAUAGUGCUGUAUGCUAUUGAUGCGUACCAAAAACGUGGACGGCGAUUUCGUGCUAUGGACAAGUUCGCGGGUCCACCAGUUUAUCCAAUAAUUGGAACACUACCCGCUAUUGCGUUUAAGAACCCUGCAAUAACCUUCAAAUUGGCGCGCACAUGGCCAAAAAUAUACAGAGGCUCGUACCGCUUCUGGAUAAACAACAAACUGUUCGCUCUGAAUAUCGUGAGGGUUCGCGAACUCGAACCGCUCUUGUCUAGUACGAAAAAUAUCGACAAAAGUAUGCUCUACAAAUUUUUGCAUCCUUUUCUCGGACUUGGUUUGUUAACUAGUACUGGUGCGAAAUGGCUUCAGCGGCGCAGAAUAUUGACUCCCACGUUUCAUUUCAAUAUCCUGACUGGAUUUCACCGAGUUUUUCUGGACGAAUGUGAUCAGCUUCUACAAACGCUGGAGAAGCACGCCAGCUCUGGCGAGGCUACUAAACUUCAGUCCGAAAUGUCACGUUUCACGUUGAGUACGAUUUGUGAAACAUCCAUGGGAGUCAAACUGAACUCAAUCGAAGGUGGUGAAAUGUACCGGCAGAAAUUGUACGAUAUUGGGGAGAUGUUAGUCUACCGUUUAAUGCGUCCGUGGAUACACAGUGACAUUGCUGCUAGCUGGAGUGGAUAUUUUGCGGCUUUCAAGAAGCUCACAGAUCCUGUUCACUCGUUCACAAAGAAAAUCAUCAACCAAAGGCGAGAACAAUUCUAUCAGAUGGCGGACAAACUGGAAGAUCUUUCCGAGGAGAAUAUCUAUACUAACACAAAAAAACGAUACGCAAUGCUUGACUCUCUUUUAGCAAUGGCGGAGAAGAAAGGUCAAAUUGGGGAGGAGGGAAUUCGUGAAGAGGUCGACACAUUCACCUUUGAGGGUCAUGAUACUACCGCAGCAGCGUUGGUAUUCAUAUUUUACCAACUGGCUCUCGAACCGGCUGUUCAAGAGCAAAUGUACCUGGAAAUUCGCGAAGUUCGGUCGCGUAAACCGGCCGAGGAGAAGUGGUUCAGCCAGCAAGACUAUAUGGAGAUGCAGUUCGUGGACCGAGCGGUGAAGGAAUGUCUUCGCAUGUGGCCACCUGUUGCGUUUAUAUCAAGAGGCAUUACCGAAGAUCUCGUCUUAGCGGAUGGUAACAUCGUACCGGCAGGUUGUAUAGCCAAUGUUCACAUCUUCGACCUGCACCGUGAUCCGGAACAGUUUCCAAAUCCAGACGUUUUCGACGCAGAUCGAUUUUUGCCGGAAAACGUAGAACGCCGAAAUCCGUACGCAUACGUGCCGUUCAGUGCUGGACCCAGAAAUUGUAUUGGUCAAAAGUACGCGAUGAUGGAGUUGAAAGUCGUUGUUGCACAUACUCUGCUGCAGUUCAAAGUACUGCCGAAAACUCGGUUUGAGGAGAUUAACUUUGUCGCGGACUUGGUGCUGCGUAGUACCAAUCCAAUCGAGGUUAGAUUCGUUAAGCGAACCUAAUCGGGGGUAGUAGACGUGGUUACAAUCGGCUUCCGAUUUAGUUAAAUAGUUAUAUAUUAAAAAAAGAACUGAUAUAGGAAUUGUUUCGGAUUUGGAAAUUGUGGCAAUAAGUAAUGUUUAGCUUUGUGUAUCUUAUAAAAACUUUAGACAUAUGUUUGUAGGCGAUAUCAUUCCUUCAAAUCGCAAUAAAGCUUGAUGAUAAAUCGAUAAAUAUCUGCCAAUUGUCGAAUCAUCGUUUGAUUUUAUUUUGGGUUAGCGAAUAAUAUUCAUAUUA